CACCAAUCCAGAUCAUUAAAUUACCAUAACCAUGGUCAUUAAAUAGCUUGGGAAUUGAAGAAGAAGAAGAAGAAAUGGGAAAAUUCAGUUGGACAAGUUUGGUCCUUGUUUCUCUAUAUCCCUUCUUCUUCACAUGUCAAGUCUCUGCUCCUUCCCCACCGUUAAUGUCCAACCUAGGAAUAAAUAUUUUCAAUGUAUGCGAUGUAGUAUACUGUGGGAGAGGAACAUGCCAACUUUCUUCCACUGAUUUACUCGGGUUCAGAUGCGAUUGUGAAACUGGUUGGAAGAAGCCUAACAUUGGUUCUUUCCAAUUACCACCAUGUGUUCUUCCCAAUUGUACUGUUGAUCUAAACUGUGGCAAUGGUUCUUCGUCACUGCCUUCUUCUCCACCUACAACAUUUAAGGAUCCUUGUUUGUUGAAUUUGUGUGGGGAUGGAACUUGUGAGAGUAAUGGCUCUGAUUUUAGGUGUCAAUGCAAUGAAGGCUCUGCCAAUCUACUCGACGAUCCAAAACUCAUUUGCAUUAAGAGAUGCACUUUGGGAGGGGAUUGUGGGGGAUUUAAUCUAGGGUUUGACUCAUCACCUAACGAAACUCAGCCACCGCCGGAAAAAUCAGGAACCAGUGGCUCUCCUCCGACUUCUCCGACUGCAGUGUCAGGUGAAACGCUGCGUUCCAUAAGGGGGCUUCAUGUGCUAGCUACGUUGUUAUUAGCAUUAAUAUUUGAAGCAUGGAUUUAAAAGGGAAGAUGAAAGUGCAGAAAUGCAGAAAAUAAACCCUUUUCUAAA